GCACUCGCGCUCGCCAGACGAAUAUCGCGACCGCUCGUCACCGUGCCUACUCUCGCACGGUUGUAUUCAGUAGCGCAGCCCAACCUCUCGACGGACGGUGAAAAGGUGAUAUACCAGAAACUCGCCGAGAAGUUCGCGCCCUCCGACCUGCAUGUGGAGGACGUGUCCGGCGGAUGCGGAACGUUCUAUAACAUCAGGAUUACCAGCGAGCAUUUCAAAGGCCUACCCCUCGUGAAGCAACAGCGACUAGUGAAUCAGACGUUGAAGGAAGAGAUUCAGGGCAUUCACGGACUCCAG